AUGAUUUCCUACUUGGGCACUAUAAGUUCUGGCUCUGCCUUUCCCUUCCUUGCUGCAUUUCCAGAUCAGCAGCCCCAGGUGUAAGGAGACAGCAUAGCAGGAGAGCCUGCCAGAGGUAGUUUUGCAGACAAGGCUUACGAGUGGAGCUCCGAGGAGGAGGAAUCUGUGAGGAAGGCAGGGCCGGUGCAGGUGCUCAUUGUCAAAGAUGACCACUCCUUUGAGCUGGACGAAGCCGCCCUGAACCGCAUCCUCCUCUCCGAGGCUGUCAGAGAUAAGGAGGUGGUGGCUGUGUCCGUGGCUGGAGCUUUUAGGAAAGGAAAAUCAUUCCUGAUGGACUUCAUGCUGCGCUACAUGUACAACAAGGAAGCAGUGGACUGGGUUGGGGAUUACAACGAGCCUCUGACUGGUUUCUCCUGGAGGGGCGGCUCCGAGCGGGAGACGACCGGGAUUCAGAUAUGGAGCGAGGUUUUCCUGGUGGACAAGCCCGAUGGCACCAAGGUCGCGGUGCUGCUGAUGGACACGCAGGGCACCUUUGACAGCCAGUCCACCCUGAGGGACUCUGCCACCGUGUUUGCCCUCAGCACCAUGAUCAGCUCCAUCCAGGUUUAUAACUUGUCCCAGAAUGUGCAGGAGGAUGAUCUGCAGCACUUGCAGCUUUUCACCGAGUAUGGCCGGCUGGCCAUGGAGGAGACGUUCCAGAAGCCUUUCCAGUCCCUUAUAUUCCUUGUCCGUGACUGGAGCUUCCCUUACGAAUUUUCCUACGGAUCUGAUGGUGGUGCAAGAUUUUUGGAGAAGAGGCUGAAGGUGUCAGGCAAUCAGCACGAGGAGCUGCAGAAUGUCAGGAAGCACAUCCAUUCCUGCUUCACCAAAAUCUCCUGCUUCCUCUUGCCUCACCCCGGCCUCAAAGUCGCCACCAACCCCAAUUUCGAUGGGAAACUGAAAGAAAUAGACGAUGAGUUCAUCAAGAACUUGAAGAUUUUGAUUCCUUGGCUUCUUAGUCCUGAGAACCUGGACGUUAAGGAGAUCAAUGGCAACCACAUCACCUGUCGAGGCCUUGUGGAGUAUUUUAAGGCCUACAUAAAGAUCUACCAAGGGGAGGAGCUGCCACACCCCAAGUCGAUGCUGCAGGCCACAGCAGAAGCCAACAAUUUAGCAGCAGUUGCCACUGCCAAAGACACCUACAGCAAGAGAAUGGAAGAGGUCUGCGGAGGGGACAAGCCCUUCCUGGCUCCCAGCGACCUGCAGGCCAAGCACGCGGAGCUGAGGGACGAGGCCGUGCGGCUUUUCCGCGGCGUGAAGAAGAUGGGCGGGGAGGAGUUCAGCCGGCGCUACCUGCAGCAGCUGGAGGCCGAGAUCGACGAGCUCUACAUCCAGUACAUCAAACACAACGACAGCAAGAACAUCUUCCACGCCGCCCGCACCCCGGCCACGCUCUUCGUCGUCAUCUUCAUCACCUACGUGCUGGCCGGCGUCACCGGCUUCGUCGGCUUGGACAUCAUAGCCAGCCUGUGCAACAUGAUUCUGGGCUUGACACUUAUCACACUCUGUACCUGGGCUUAUAUCAGAUACUCUGGGGAGUACAGAGAACUGGGAGCUGUAAUAGACCAAGUGGCUGCAGCCUUGUGGGACCAGGGAAGCACGAAUGAGGCCUUGUACAAGCUGUACAGCGCGGCCGCCACCCACAGACACCUGUACCACCACGCCUUCCCCGCGCCGCGGGCCGAGCCCGCCGAGGGCUCCGACAGGAAGACGGUGUAGGAAGGAAAGAAAGAAGGAAGGAAGGAAGGAUGGAGCGAUCCCACCGGCGCAGCCCCGGCGUGUUCCAGCCGCCCUCACCCCGCGUCCGCCCCCGACCCCGCCGGGAGCAGGGGAGCGGUCCCGGGGCAGGGAUUGUCCCGUCCCCGUGUACAUACGGCACUGCCGCGGCGCACAGCUUUGGAUCGUCAUCGCCAGCGACUCCCAGCUCCUUUAUGAAGCCUUACUGCCCCCUUCUUAAUUAGUCGCCACUGAGGAACCGAUAAUCCGCGUGAUGCCGCAACUAAAAAGGCCGAAGCUUAUCCGAAAGGCAAUUUAUUUCAGGUUUUAACGUAUAACCACGUUUUCCCCCCCUUCGUUUAACUGUUUAAUUCCGUAAACAUAAUUAAACUGUAUUAACUUGCUUUAUCAGACACUGUAAGGGCACCUCUGCUAUGGUCUGUUCAGGGUGCUGUGAGGAACGCGGCCGUUUGUCUGUCUGCACAAAGUGUCACUUUGUAGCUGUGCUGGAGGAAGUUUCACUGUUAUUCCUGUACAUAUUUAUCCAUGAUAGUGCAUAGGACGUGUGGUACGGUUCUAUUCUUUUAUCGUCAGGACUAUUAAAGUUUGCUUUUGGUUCCUAAGAA